CUCAUUUUCCAGGUCGGUUUUAUUUAGAGGCGGUGCCCGGCUGCUGAGAGGCGUCCGGUGACACUCUAGUGCCACUCCACCGACUUGGGGGCCCCCAGAGCCGACGCCACCGCCUCCCUGCGCUCCGCCACCGCCCGCCGGAGCCGCCCGCCCCGCCGCACCCUUUCCUGGGAUCCCCCCAACAGUCGCCGCACCCCUCUCCAAAGACAAAUCCGUCAAACCAACAAAUCAAGCCGAACUAACAAAAACAAACAAACAAAACAAAAAAGGAUAGAAAAAAAGGAGGGGGCUUAAAAAAAAAAAUAAAAAGGACUCACCGAGCCUCCGCCCCUGCUGUGGGGUGGCAGAGCGCGGCCGGAGUCCGACGGUGCGGACGCACGGUGGAGCCCCCCCGGCAGCCGCGCUCCGAGCCCCGGCGCGCCGCCGCCCGCCCGCCGCCCCCAGCCGCCGCCGCCGCCCCGCCGGCAGCCACCAUGAACAAGCUGUACAUCGGGAACCUAAACGAGAACGUGACUCCGGCCGACUUGGAGAAAGUCUUCAACGACCACAAAAUUUCCUUCACAGGGCAGUUCCUGGUCAAGUCCGGCUAUGCCUUUGUGGACUGCCCCGACGAGCAGUGGGCCAUGAAAGCCAUCGAAACUUUUUCGGGGAAAGUGGAGCUUCAUGGAAAACAGCUAGAGAUUGAACAUUCAGUACCUAAAAAGCAAAGGAGCCGGAAAAUUCAAAUCAGAAACAUCCCACCCCAGUUGCGAUGGGAGGUCCUAGAUGGUUUGCUAGCUCAGUAUGGCACUGUAGAAAACUGUGAGCAAGUAAACACAGACAGCGAAACCGCCGUUGUUAACGUCACUUAUGCAAACCGGGAGCAGACCAGGCAAGCCAUCAUGAAGCUGAAUGGGCACCAGUUGGAGAACCAUGCUCUGAAGGUCUCCUACAUCCCUGAUGAGCAGUCCAUGCAAGGACCAGAGAAUGGGCGGCGGGGUGGGUUUGGGACACGUGGUGCCCCCAGGCAGGGUUCGCCUGUCACCGCAGGGGCACCGGUCAAACAGCAGCCAGUUGACAUUCCCCUCCGUCUUCUGGUGCCCACACAGUAUGUGGGUGCUAUCAUCGGCAAGGAAGGGGCCACCAUCAGGAACAUCACCAAGCAGACACAGUCCAAGAUUGAUGUGCACCGAAAAGAGAAUGCAGGAGCUGCAGAAAAAGCUAUCAGCAUCCACUCCACCCCUGAGGGCUGCUCUGCUGCCUGCAAAAUGAUUUUGGAGAUCAUGCAGAAGGAGGCAAAGGACACCAAGACAGCUGAUGAAGUGCCUCUGAAAAUCUUGGCCCAUAACAACUUUGUGGGGCGCCUGAUUGGCAAAGAAGGGCGAAACUUGAAGAAAGUGGAGCAGGACACAGAGACAAAAAUCACCAUCUCAUCAUUGCAGGACCUGACUCUGUACAACCCUGAAAGGACGAUCACGGUGAAAGGCUCCAUUGAGAACUGCUGCAAAGCAGAGCAGGAGAUCAUGAAGAAAGUGAGGGAAGCCUACGAGAACGAUGUAGCAGCCAUGAGCCUGCAAUCUCACCUCAUCCCUGGCCUUAACCUGGCUGCUGUUGGCCUCUUCCCUGCCUCCUCCAAUGCAGUACCUCCUCCUCCUAGCAGUGUCUCUGGAGCCGCGCCGUACAGCUCCUUCAUGCCUCCGGAGCAAGAGACGGUGCAUGUCUUCAUCCCUGCGCAGGCGGUUGGUGCGAUCAUUGGCAAGAAGGGCCAGCACAUCAAGCAGCUCUCCCGGUUUGCAAGUGCCUCUAUUAAGAUUGCACCCCCGGAGACGCCGGACUCCAAAGUGCGCAUGGUCAUCAUCACGGGCCCUCCAGAAGCUCAGUUCAAGGCACAAGGCAGGAUUUAUGGGAAGCUGAAGGAGGAAAACUUUUUUGGACCAAAGGAAGAAGUAAAGCUGGAGACACACAUCCGGGUCCCUGCCUCAUCUGCGGGGAGGGUCAUUGGCAAAGGAGGCAAAACUGUCAAUGAGCUGCAGAACCUGACAGCAGCAGAGGUGGUGGUACCACGGGAUCAGACCCCUGAUGAGAACGAGCAAGUCAUUGUGAAGAUCAUUGGGCACUUCUAUGCCAGCCAGAUGGCACAGCGCAAGAUCAGAGACAUUCUGGCCCAGGUGAAACAGCAACAUCAGAAGGGACAGAGCGGCCAGCUGCAAGCAAGGAGGAAAUAAGAGCAGCAAUGACACCAAUGUGAAAAGUGGAACAAGCCAAUGCUGGGCUUAAGAGUGGCUGGGAAUCAGUUACCAUAGACAGAUGCAAUUUUUUCAAUGACUGGUUGACAUUAAAAGGCAGUUUGGUUUCCAAGUUAGAGGGCUAGGUUAAGAAUCAGACCACGUAAUUUGAUCCAUUUUUAGGUCCCCAUGCCAGAACAGCUACUUAAAUGAACUGAGAGGUGCUGCGGUGCACUGGGAGAACCAGCUGUGCUGCUGAGGCUGGAGCACUGCAGGGUGCCAAGGAUGGGCAGUGCAGCAAACCUGCAACUGCCACAGCACUCAGCCCCUCUUCUGGGUGCAAUAUUUGCCUUCUCAUUUAAGUAGCUUUUGGAAGUACCACCCCAUCCAUCUCUGGCUCCCACCAGGGCUUCCCUGCAGUUGAAUCUCCCUGUACCUCCCUCCCUCUCCUGCCUUGGCAGCAUAGCUGAUGGAUAUUUCCAGAGAGCUAUUAAACCUUUUGGAGCAUUUGAUUAUUAUUUUUUUUUUUUUAAGAAACCAUAGCAAACUCACCAACUCCUUUUGGUAACAAGUUCCAUUGCGUGGGGGGAUAUUAAAAAAAAAAAAAAAAAAAAAGGCUGAGUGCCAAAUGGAUUAGGAUCCCUUGGGAGCUCUGAACCUAUUGAAUCUUAGGAACACCCAAGGGCAAGCUGGAGAAGUUCCCUCUCACCUGUGCUGUGUGCAGUGCCUUAGAAGCCAGGACAGCACCUCUAUUUUCCAGGAUAACUAUUUGUUUCAUUUGUUUUAAUGUUUGUUUUCAUUUUAGGUUAGUUUACUUUAAAGAAGUUUCAUUUGAAGCCUUUGAAAUAAUAGCAGAAGUGGCAUGUACAGCUAUAGCAGUGACCAUUUUCUCAGUGAUCUUAGCUGUGUAGGUGCCAACCUGUUCCAGAGAUGACGCAAAUUGCAUGGGGAAGGGAAGGGGUGAGGGAAGUGCUUUGGUUUUCCCUCCUUCCUUCAAGCAAAAGCAAUAAAACAACAAUAACAAAAGCAAAACAAAAAAAAAAAAAAAAAAAAAAAAAAAAAAAACCCUGCUUGGUAGGAAGUAUGAAUUAAUCUGCAUCUCUUUAGUAAUCAGAUUAUGUGAACUAAAUGCAUGCAGAGCAGUUCUGGAGUUCAGGAGAAAGCCAAAGGGAUUUGGGGGUGUAAAAGAGGACAGAUAUUUAAGGCUCUGGAUAUAUCAGGCAUUGAAAAAGAGCCUUGGCAGACUUGGCUCUUCAGUCCAGUUUUGCUGCUGAACCAGGGCAUGCUUUUGCCCCGACAUCUCUGGCAUUUGGCGCAAGGAGGGGCAGCAGCUCCUUUGCAAAGUCCUCUGCAGGUGGCUGGGGAUGUGAACUCAGCCUCAGUUUCCCUACCUGGAGCAAGAGACUUGUGCCCUGAAAUCCUGCUGGUGUCUCUAGGGCUCAGCCACAGGUGGGUGUGUGGCAACACAACUUUUUUGGUUUUGCUUUAAAAAACAACAACAAAAAAACAAGGGGAAUAUUGUUAACAAACUUGGGAUAGGCAAGUUUGUUUUAACUCUCCUGGGGUUAUUUGAUGUUCCCCUCCACCCAAAUCUCUCUAGGUGGAGAAAAAUAUUCUUGAAAUGUGGCACAUUAAAAGAUUUUUUUUUUCCUUAUUUCAAAAACAAAACAACGCAACCACCACCACCCUUCUUUCUGUGGUAAGAAUAACUGUUCUCAUGAGACAGUACCAAAUAUAUACGUCAAACACAUGUAAGAUGGUUACUGAUUCCCGUCACUCUUAUGAAGAUUUUAUAUUUUAGAUAUAUUUUAAUGGUUUGUUUUUAAUUCUGAGUAUUUGGAAGGGACAGUAACUGCUGUGAUUGCCUCUUCCAUGCGGUGUAAGGUCUUGUCUCUACACAGGGGCUGGGGCAGGGCUUGGUGUGCAUUCCUUGCUGUGGCAGAGGGGCCCUGGUCCUUUGCAGCCCCUGGCCGUGGUUCUGACUGGAGCAGGGGGAGCUGCAUGCCAGUUAAAGCCUGUGCCAUGUUUCUCUGUAAUCCAGCCCAAAUGUUGGUUGAUGCUAGUUUUCCUUCAAAUUGGGGUGGGGGUUAGAAAAGCAAAAUUAUUUCUGGCUCUGGGGGAAGGUGGCGCAGCCUGGAGCCUGCAGUGUGCUGUGCGGAGAGGGGCAAAGCAGGCACCCCAGGAGGCAGGAGGAGACCUGGGAGUGGCCUUGGGUGAGCUGAUUCAAGGCUUAAAAAGAGGGAAUUGGAAAUAAACCUUGCACUGAUGCUUUUACCAUUUCUUUCUGAAAUGGAGACCAGACCUCCCAUCUGAGCAGACGUUUUCCUGGGUGCAUCCUCCAAAGCGAGAACUGGCUUUGAAUUUGGAUCAUGCAGCAUCAGGAAGGCGGGUGGUUUAUUGAUAAGGGAACACGGCAGCAGUUACUGUCCUUUUAGACAUUGCAACAACAACAAGGUGUAGAGGAAGGCCAGAUAUUGCUGUGUGUUUGAGCAACAAGAAAAAAAAAAUAAGAGGGGAAAAAAAAAAGCUACCUCAAGGUAUGAAGUUACCUCAGCAAUUUUUUUUGGGGGGGUGGGCUUGCUGAUAUUUUAUAUAAAAGCUGAUAGUCUUGAAUAUUUUAUUUUUUUAAUGAAAAGAGAAGUUAAGUUUCAUAAUUUCUUAUGAGCCAGGAGUUAUGGGCAGGUAACCAAGUGUUAUGAGCUCUCUAUGGAGAACGACAGAAACUUCAGACAUAGUGGAAAAGAUGGCAGCAGCAUAUUAUUUUGGCCUUUUAAAGCCAGAAAUGAAUUUUAGCAUGACACAAGAGCUGUCGGAUGUCGCGACUCUUUGAGAACUUGGACAAAUUGGAGCCCACCAACUUUUUCAGUUGGAAAGACUUUUUUUUUUUUUUUUCCUCAAUAUAAAAACAAAUGAAAAAGCCACUGGAUGAAAGGCCUUUGUCCAUCCAACUCCAUCAGGAAACCAAAUUGUUAAAGCGCCUGGAAUCAGAAAUCUUUUACUAAAGGCAAUAUGAGGAUAGACUUACCAUCAAGCACCAUUCCUAGGCAUCAAGCUGGCUAUGCUAAGUGGGGUACAUGGGGUUUGCUGAUAUUUAAACUGUGCCAGCUUGGGCAAUUUUACAAACAGUUGUAAGCCGUAUCUUUCAAAAUGCGAACAAAUUGGUUUCUGUGUUGACGCAGAGGAAGUCUCAAACCAUCUUCUCCACUAUGAUGCUGUUAAAUAUUUUACAGAGAUUUACCUCAGUUUUACUGAGGAUAAUCAAUCAAAAAAAAAAAAAAGAGAACAACAGAAAUAAAUGGGAGCUACCUUUUUUAUACAAACACACGCUAAGGAGAGAGAAAAAGUGAACAACCCUAAUGAAUGAUAGGUGUGAACCUCUCCCUGUCUGCUUGAGGAGGUUCAUGUGCUUUUUUUCUUUUAAAAAAAAAAAAAAAAAGAAAAAAAGAAAAAAAGUCCCAUCUUGUUAUUUUUUCAUUAUACCUGCAGGAAAACAACCCUUCCUUGAGUAUUAAUUGGAAAUAUAUCGUUGGUGUUAAAGUCAAUUUGUAAAUGGCCAGCUGGCUCCCCAGCCUCACUCCUCUCUUCCGCUCCUAAACCCCACAGAAAUUUUGGGUGCAUGAGGAACACAGGAUCAGGCUCACCUGUAGUGAUGGAGAAGUGCUGGCCCUUUUCCAAAGAGAUGGGAACAAAGGAGCAAAGCUAGGCAGUGGCAGCAGAAGGAAACCCCUGCCCACCUGUGCAGCACCUUCACUGGUACCCCUCCACAAGAAGGUGCUUCUGCCUGUUUUUCCUUCUCUUCCAGAGACUGGCAUUUGUCCUAGGAAAAACGGUUUCUUAUUUAAAUCUCUGGCUCUCUACUUUUUACAGCCUUGCAUAAAUCAGUGCAUUCAGACAUCGGUGAUUAUAUUUGUAUUUUCCAACGGCAAGUGUUUUUGAUAACUGGUGCGAACUAUCAUUGAGGGGAAAAAAAAAAAAAGAAAAAAAAACCACAAUACUGAUAAUCAGAUUGUUGCAGUGAGAAGAUCUUGACACAUACCUGAAGUCUGAUGAUUCAGGGACACCUUUGAUGCUUUUCACCAGCAAAGGGCUGCAGGCACAAAGACACCUCAAGGCUGAUCCCUUUGCCACCAUUGCCUGAGGCUGUCUUUGUGGCAGCUAAGACAUCACUGGUGCUGUCACAUAAGAGUGAGUGGUUCUUUUGGGAAUAUCAUUGUUUCCCUGAGGGAAGGCAGCAUCAGCUGUGGUUUCAUAAGGCAGACCUAGUUGCCGGGAAAAGGCAAGUCUGCUGCUGGCCGUUUCUCUUCUCCCCAGGUUGGGGAAGCACUUAAAUACCUGCUUAAAUUCCUACUGACAUCCCAUUGAGUUCAACAGGACUUCUGGAAAGCAACUUUGCUUUAUAAAGUUAUUCGCAGUAAGGAAGAUACCUCUAAGCACCUCUGUAUUUCUCCAGAGCCAACCUGAGCUGGGAACAGCUAAACCAGCAUAAACCAGGAUCCCCAUCCAGACUAGUCAUGAGGGCCAGGGGAAGGAGAUGCAAGCAAGCUUUGAAUUAGGCUUGGAGUGAAAAGCAGGAAACAAAUCCCUAGUAAAACCUGAAAGCAAGCAGAAAGGAGGAUAACUCCUCUUCAGUACCUCCUUCCUGACAGCUACUCUCUUUGCACUGGAAAAAUAGGCAAUCUGGAGGGAACCUCCCAUAGGAGCCCUUCAAUAGCAAGAAAAUCAACCCACAUCCACUGUCUGCUACAUCUGAUGAAGCCAGACUAGGACACAGCAGGGACCCAGGGCAGAUGCUUGCUUGUGGCUUCAUCUUCACUGAGGACCAGGGUGGUGAGCAGCACCAAUUGCUCCUCUCCUGAGCUGCUGCCUCACUUUUGUACUAUAAGAUUUUUUUCUGCCUCAUUUUAUCCUCUUCCCCACUCCCCUCCCUUCCCCCCCCGCCCCCCAGGAGGUAGCAAACCCAGCCCUGCUCAUCCUAGGUGCUGGAAGGGGUGGGUGCAUGGCAGGGCAGUUUGUUUCUUGAAAUUGUCCUUUCCUGUCAGAUUAGAAAGUUUUUAAUCUGAAGCAGGGGCAGGCAUGUAUGGAGCCUCUGGGAUAGGAGAGGGGGAGUUUCUGGUUGCUGUCCUGGGGCUCAUCAGAUUGUGCCAGGGUGGGAGCUUCAGGCAGGAAGCGGUGCAUGGGUAGAGCAGGGAGUUUGUUUCCCAGCUGUGCCACUGGCUGGCUCUGAGGUCGUAGGGCAAAACAGAAAGAAAGCAAAUAAAUAAAUCUCUGUGCAUCAGUUUCUCCCCAGUGGGAGUAAUACUUCUUACCUACCUCACAGGCACGUUGUGAGGAUUAACAAAUUAAUGUCUCUGAAGCACUUUGUGAUCCUCAGUUCCAUAUACUAGGCAAAAUAUUGUUGCCAGGACUAUCAACCAUGGUGCUAUGUGGAUUUUUGGGGGUUCAUCUCAUUUUAAUGCUAUCAUAAUCUUGUUUUGUCAUUCAGCUAGGGAAAAAGAGAAAACAAACAACAACAACAAAAAAAAGCCAAGCAAACAAACAACAAAACCCAACACUUGUUUUUCUCUUCCAAGUUCUGACCACUUUCUCAUCCCCAAAGUGCAACUGAGGUAGGGAAGUGAGUUGGGGUUCAGCAGCAACAACUGAGCCAUGCUCCCUCCUGGCAGUCAUGAUUGCAGUCUGACUGCACUGACAGGCUUGAAAAAGUUUUACAGAGUCAAAAAAGAUGAAAAUCCAUUGUAAAUACUGAAAAGAAACUGCUUCUAACAUACACGUCAUGUUUCCUGGGCAUUACAUUUUGGUUGUGUUUUAAGUUUUGAGUGGGGGAAAGAAAAAUCAGUAUAAGUUAGUCAGUUCCUCAGUGCCAGAAUAAAAUUCUCUUUUAAUUUCUAGCUCCAAAUAUUGUGUUUUCUAGCUUCUGAAAAAAAUAGUUCAGAAAUGCAGACUUGUUGUAAAACAGUUGAAGAUGUAAAUUUAAUUUCUUUGUUUUUAAUGUAGUUCUUCCCUAUCUGUCCCCUGGUGGUUCACAGAAAAGGCUUUUAAUAUUUUUGGAACUUUUUUUAUUUUUUAUUUUUAUUUUCCCCCCCCAAAAAAUAGUAACUGAGAUUUUGGGAUGUGUGGGAUUUUUUUUUUCUUUCUUUCCCCCAUUGUGGCUUUUGUUUUGUUUGGAUGAAAUCAGCGUGAGCCUGUGAAAAGUGCAGGUCCCUGAGAGGGCAUAAGAAUAUUUAAACAUCUUAAUUAUGUGCUUGGUUCUGAAGGCAGCUCGGGCAGAGCAAAUGGCUGGGAUGUGCUGUGCCCAGCCUGGCCCUGGGCUUUGCUGGAGGUGAAGAACACAGAUUUGCUAUGAGAGAAGGGCAUGGUGACUGGCAGCGUGAAUUAGUGCAUGGAAGUUUCAAUUCCAUUUCAAUUAAGCCUGACUGUCGAAAGUGGGUGGAAAAGUGCCCAGUGCUUAGGAAACUGCCUCCAAGCAGGUGCUUGCAAAUAAACAUGUUCAAGGCUCAAAUGAAUUCGGGAUGUCAGAUGGGCAGACCUGUGCAGCAGCUCACUGGGAGCAGAGCACCACAACAGGAUAAUUAUUGUUAGGCAAAAUGAGGAUCUAAAGUUGCAAAACUCUCUUGAAGGAGUUAGCUGCUGUGGUACAGUGUGUAGGAGAUGCACGUAGGAGAUGCACAUCAAUGAUGUGUAGGGAGGGAAAAAUGAAUCCCAACUCAGCCUUGAAUAAGCCUUUCUUACUAGUUUUGGUGUUUAUUUUUUGUUUGUUUGUUUGUUUUUAAUAAUUUGUGAUUAUGGGUAAGAUCUGGAGCAGAGCAAAACCACCCAGAGGCUCUUAAAUUGCGAUUUUCGGAGAACAUGCAGAUGCAAGCUGGAAAUGUACACCUGUGACCUGUCUCAAGGCUGACCCAAUUGACACACAGGGAGGGUCUGGCACCACUGCCACAUGGGAACUGCCUUGGUACAGUCUUCAAACACAUCAGAAGACACAUCCUUCCAGGUAGUGGAGAGGCAGGUUUGGUACCCUGUCCUUCCACUCCACAGUUAGGGAGCGUUGCAGUAUAGAAGAGGAAAGAGAUCUUAUGAGGAAGGCUCCUGGGACCAUUGGUUUGGGAGAGUUGCUGGUCAGGAUGGGUGGUAAAUUGGACUCCUUGAAAGUCAUUGCUGACUUUAGUGUGCAUUUGAACCCUGCUGCUUUACUGUACCUUAAUGAUUUUUUUUUUUUUUAAUUUUCUUGAAGACAAAUACCUCUCCGAGUUGUGGCAGGGCAUGCCAGGAUGCUUUGCCUGGUCUGCAGUGGCAGCCUGUCCCUGCUAUCUAUUGUGGCAGAGCAGUGGAUUAUGAACUGUAGAAAGUAUUUGUGAGCUGCAUUAGCAAAGUAUCAACAUGACCUAAAGAUUAAAGGAAUUUUUUUUUGCUAAAACAAAGCAAACAAACAAACAAACAAACAAAAAACAACAAAUUAAGACCCCAGAGUCAGCUGUAUGACAGAAUUGAAGCCAUUUUUUGACCGGUUUGGGUAAAUGUUUUUGAAAAGCAACACUAAGUCCAGCAGGACAUAGUUGGUAAAUGUUUUCCAUAGGGAUGCAGCAGCAUGGAGUGGGGAAGGGCUCACUGAGAGCUGCUGGCAGCACAGGAGCACAGCAGGUGCCGUAUCCUGGAGGAGGUGGAGAGCAGCACUGGGUGCAUCCAGCUCCUGUUGCUGUUCGUGGAUUGUCCCAGAAAACUGGUGGGAUUGGCUGGAAUCAGUGCAGAAGCUAACUGUCAAAAUCACCGUAAUGUGUUUAAGUGUUCGUUACCAAGCAAUUAAGCAUAUUGUUUCAUUUGAAAUGUAUCUGGAUUCAUUAUGAGAUCAGAUUUGUUGACUUCAGGAGGAAAUCUGGCCCUAAAACAUGACACGUACUGCCCCCCCCCCCCAACAUUGCUUCUUUAACCAGCUCUGUUAGGCUGAAUUGAAAACUGACAAAUUUUAGGGUCACUCCAGGUGAGGCAAAACCCCAGAUGAAACCCUAGAGUUUCUUGAAAGCCCCAAAUGGCUGGUGCCUGUGGAGUUUGCCAGCUUCACUGCAUGUCAAACACAGGGGCAUGACCUUAUAUAUAACCAAGUCAUUUUUGUUUAUCUACCUCUUAGCAACAAUAGAUUAAAACUAGAUAGUGGCAACUCCACAUGCUGUAGUGUAGGGAAAAAAAAAAAAAAAA